AUGUCUCGAGUUACUCGCACUUCAGUACCAUCGUCUACGCGACGGCCACAAGCGUCCACAACUAGACCACCUCACAGACCCACUAUUCCUACAUCAACAGCCAGCCGAUCAACGACGCGCGGCACUCGAAUAUCAGCACGUGCUGGAACAAUGCACAAUCAAUUAUCACGGCAGCAAAGAUCAGAUAACGAUCCAUAUCGUGAACCUGUCGAGAGACCACAGCAACCAGAGCGUACAGUACAUACUGGUGGUGGUUAUCAAAUGUUUGUCCCGUCAACAGAAAAGCGUGAGCAAAUGAGACUACAAGCUGAAAAUGAACAGCGUCAAUACGAAGCGCAUGUGGAACGAUCACGCAUGCAUCAGAUUCACGAAGUACAUCGACUAGGUGGUGACAGAUUGAGUGAAGAAGAAGUUCGUCGACGACAAGCAGAAAAAUAUCGAUUAGAGAAGUUCACACGCUCAGAAAAGUCUCAUGAAGAACAAUCUCGGAAAAAACACGAAGAAGAGAGAGAAAUCGAAGCAAGAAAACAAGCAGCUCGUCUUCAAGCACUAGAAAAUGAAAAACACACUCAAGUCUCUCAACUGCAUUCGAUGAGACCAGAAAGCAAUCAGAAUGAAGACGGAGCAACUGGGUGGACAGAUGAAGCUCGCGAAGAAGAUCGACGAGAAACUAUGAAUCGAUUUCUAGAUCGUUUCACUCAACAAUACGAUAACAUGACUAUUUCAUCAGAUAACAAAUCUAAUGGCAACGAAACAGAGGAAGAAAAGCUUGCUAUUUUACGCGACAUGCUUCCACAUAUUGAUGAUCAAACACUGAUAUAUUAUUUGGAGAUCUACAAUGGAAAUAUCGAUGCGGUUGUUCAGGAACUUCUGAAUUAA